GCCCAUUGAAAAAAUAUAUAUAUAUAUAUUCAUCCCAUCUCUGGCCUCAUUCCACUUUCCUCUUCGUAUAGUUGUAGCAUUCUCCUCCCUCCUCAUCCUUGUUCGCGGCCCGUUUCUUCAUCGAGGAAGAAAAUAAUAAAGCAGCAACAAAAAAGAAGAGAGCAUAGAAUAUACUUUCUAUGGAAGAUCUGAAGCCAAGGCCUGCUAAUUCCUUUCCCCUCACUCCAAUCGGCUUCAUCGAAAGAGCCGCCAUCAUUUAUGGGGAUUCUACCUCCAUUAUCUACAACUCCACCACUUACACCUGGUCCGAAACUCAUCGUCGAUGCCUUCAACUCGCCUCUUCCAUCUCUUCCUUUGGCAUUCAAAGAGGCCAUGUUGUCUCUGUCUUCGCUCCCAACACUCCCGCCAUGUACGAACUCCACUUCGCUGUUCCCAUGGCUGGUGCCAUUCUUAAUACCAUCAAUCUCCGCCUUGACACUCGAACCAUCUCCAUUCUCCUCCGCCAUAGCGAAUCCAAACUCAUCUUCGUCGAUCAACCCUCUUGUGCUCUAAUCUUUGACGCUUUGGCCUUGUUCCCGCCAGACAUGAAACGACCCUUGCUUGUCCUCAUUACCGACGACACUGCAGAGCAAGACUCGUCAUUGCCAUCCGUUGUUUCCAUCCGAGACAAUUUUGUGGAUUCAUAUGAGAACAUGGUUAAGAGUGGAGAUUCUAAGUUCCAAUGGAUACGACCCUUAAGUGAGUGGGAUCCGAUUGUUUUGAAUUAUACUUCUGGAACAACAUCAGCGCCAAAGGGAGUGGUAAACUGUCACAGGGGAGUUUUCACGGUGGCACUCGAUUCAAUUUUGGAAUGGGGAGUUCCUAAGCAAUCGGUUUAUUUAUGGACCUUACCAAUGUUUCAUGGCAAUGGUUGGAGUUUCCCUUGGGGAAUUGCCGCUGUAGGUGGCACAAAUGUUUGUAUUCGAAAAUUUGAUUCAAGAUUGAUUUUUUCUCUAAUUCGUCGUCAUCACGUGACACACUUGUGUGGAGCUCCAGUUGUACUCAAUAUGCUAACAAACUCCCCUGACAAUCUACCACUUGAUCGACCGGUCAAGAUUCUCACUGCCGGAGCACCACCACCCGCAUCAGUUCUGCUUCGAACUGAAUCACUGGGGUUUGUCGUCACCCAUGGGUACGGAUUGACUGAGAGUGCAGGGACGAUCAUCUGCUGUUCAUGGAAGUCGGAGUGGAACCAACUCCCAGCAAUAGAGCAAGCACGACUGAAGGCGAGGCAGGGCGUACGGAUGCUAGCAGUGGAGGCGGUGGAUGUGUUGGAUCCAGAGACUAGAAAAAGCGUGAAAAGAGAUGGAGCUUCCAUAGGAGAGAUCGUUGUGAGAGGUCCAUCGCUAAUGCUUGGGUAUUUGAAAGAUACAGAAGCAACAAGUAAAGCAAUGAGCGAGGAUGGGUGGUUCUUCACCGGAGAUGUUGGGGUGAUGCACCCGGAUGGGUAUAUAGAGAUAAAGGACCGAUCAAAGGAUGUGAUCAUUAGUGGGGGAGAGAAUUUGAGCAGUGUUGAGGUUGAAUCAGUUUUGUACAUGAAUCCAAUGGUGAAUGAGGCGGCAGUGGUGGCACGACCAGACGAGUUCUGGGGAGAGACGCCAUGUGCGUUUAUAAGCUUGAAAGAAGGAUUGAGUCGGAAACCAACAGAAGAAGAGAUUAUUGAGUAUUGCAAAGGGAAGUUACCAAAGUUUAUGGUGCCAAAGACAGUGAUCUUCAUGACGGAAAUGCCAAAGACCGCCACAGGGAAAUUCCAAAAGUUUGUGCUUAGACAAAAGGCCAAGUCACUAGGCCCUCCACAAAAGAGUAGAUUGUAGUAAAAAAUCAUAAGUAUCUACAUCUAAAUCUAUCUCCAGUAUCGAUAAUAAAUAUUAGGGUGACGAUUUAAUCGUUUCCAAUCGGAUGGAUUAGUUUUCUUUUGUUAUUUCAUGAUAAUUUGGUUACAAUGUGGAGUCGGGUUCGUAUGAUUUUAGAAAUAAAUAUCUCAUGUUUUAUGAUAUGAAGGCAAUUAUGAAGUUUUAUAUAUAUUUACACGUUUUUUGUUUGGUCA